AUGGGAAAGAUCGCGUACUUCGACUGCUCCGCUGGCGCUGCGGGAGACAUGAUCCUGGCCAGCCUCAUUGACGCAGGUGCGCCGUUGGAUGCUAUCAAAGCCGGCUUACUGACCAUUCCGGCCAUUCGAGGUGAAUGGGACAUCUUGACUGAGCGUGUAUGGCGAGGCACCGGGUUGAUUGCUGCUACAAAGAUCCACGUGUCGUCUAUCUACGACCAUGAGUCACUGCCGGCACCUCAGCAUGGUGAGGCGGCAGCAAACGAUGCUCCCCAUGAGCAAUCCAAGCAAGUGUUCCAAGACCACGACGACCAAAUCCACCAACGUCAUCACCACGAUCACGACCAUCAUCAUGGUCACAGCCAUGACCAUUCACAUCACCACGACCUUGAGAACCAUUCCCACGGUCCCAACCAUGACGGCCACGUCGACCACGAACACCGAAACUACCGCACGAUCGCGGCUAUGAUUGAUGCAAGCGAGAUGUCGCCGUGGGUUAAGGAGAACAGCAAGCGAGUGUUUCACUGCUUGGGAGAGGCCGAAGCGUCUGUGCAUGGCACCACGAUGGAUAAGGUGCAUUUUCACGAAGUCGGUGCAAUCGACAGCCUCAUUGACACGAUUGGAUCCGUCCUGGCCCUCGAGCUGCUGCACAUUGACGAAGUACACUGCUCAUUCCUUCCGUUUUCCAAAGGCUUUGUGCGUUGCACGCAUGGAGUGAUGCCAGUCCCAGCCCCGGCAACGCUGCGGUUGUUUCACGGGAUUCCGAUGGGGCCCGCGCCCAAAGGUGCAGUGGGGGAACUCGUGACGCCGACGGGCGCCAGUCUCAUGAAGGCCCUGGCCCGAACCUUUGGCCAGCCACCUCCAUUUGUUCCCAUUGCUUUGGGCUCUGGGGCCGGGACCAAGGACUUUCCGAAUCACGCUAACAUUGUGCGCGUCGUGAUUGGGACUGCUGUGGACCCUAGCACGACGGUCGUCAACGCCAACUGGACACCCGUGCCUUCCCCCGAGCUCAUUGGAACCUCCGACACCACCAUUGAACACGUCAGCGUCUUGGAAACCAACGUGGACGAUAUGAAUCCACAGGUGUUUGGACAUGUACAAGAGCGGCUACUGCAAAAGGGGGCGCUCGACGUGUGGGUUCAACCGAUUCAGAUGAAAAAGAACCGACCGGCUACCUUGAUGAGUGUGCUGUGCCACCACCACCAGGUUGGAGACUUGUCCACCAUUCUCUUCGAAGAGACAACGACACUUGGUAUCCGUCGACAAACCAUGGAGCGCAUAACGCUUCGCCGUGAAAGGAUCGACGUGGCCUCGCAGUAUGGCACUGCGUCCGUGAAGAUUGCAUAUCUGAAUGAACGCGUUGUGAACGUCCAGCCCGAGUACGAAGACUGUAGAGCGUUGUCGCUGGCUACCCAAACACCCCUCAAGACAGUCUUGGCUACGAUCAGUUCGCUAGCUAUGGAGAAAGCGGGGUCGAAGUCAAAGGUAGCUGCCCGAGACCAGCCGUAGCCGGCCACAUGUGUGCUCUCGGUCAUGAGGUCGAUGGUGGCAGUGUCUGGGCUGUGAGUGGAAUGCACGAUUUGCUUGAGACACCACAAUCCGGAUAGAUUGUAAUGACGUUAUUCAAUUGGCCAGCAAGACAGGCUGUACGGAUA